CUGGUGGCGACUUCCUCUCCGGACCCCCUCCCCCUCGCCAUGAAGAAGUCGAUUGGAAUAUUAAGCCCAGGAGUUGCUUUGGGGACGGCUGGAAGUGCAAUGUCUUCCAAGUUCUUCCUAAUGGCUUUGGCCAUAUUUUUCUCCUUCGCCCAGGUUGUAAUAGAAGCCAAUUCUUGGUGGUCCCUAGGUAUGAAUAACCCUGUUCAGAUGUCAGAAGUAUAUAUCAUAGGAGCGCAGCCCCUCUGCAGCCAACUGGCAGGACUUUCUCAAGGACAGAAGAAACUAUGCCACUUGUACCAGGACCACAUGCAAUACAUCGGAGAAGGCGCGAAGACAGGCAUCAAAGAAUGCCAGUAUCAAUUCCGACAUCGGCGAUGGAACUGCAGUACCGUGGAUAACACCUCCGUGUUUGGCAGGGUUAUGCAGAUAGGCAGCCGCGAGACAGCCUUCACGUACGCGGUGAGCGCCGCGGGAGUGGUCAACGCCAUGAGCCGCGCAUGCCGGGAGGGCGAGCUGUCCACCUGUGGCUGCAGCCGAGCCGCGCGUCCCAAGGACCUGCCGAGGGACUGGCUGUGGGGUGGCUGCGGGGACAACAUCGAGUAUGGAUACCGCUUCGCCAAGGAGUUCGUGGACGCGCGGGAGCGGGAACGCAUCCACGCCAAGGGCUCCUACGAGAGCGCGCGCAUCCUCAUGAACCUGCACAACAACGAGGCCGGCCGCAGGACAGUGUACAACCUGGCCGAUGUGGCCUGCAAGUGCCACGGGGUGUCCGGCUCCUGUAGCCUCAAGACGUGCUGGUUGCAGCUGGCUGACUUCCGCAAGGUGGGUGACGCCCUGAAGGAGAAGUAUGACAGCGCAGCGGCCAUGCGUCUCAACGGCCGAGGCAAGCUGGUGCAGGUCAACAGCCGCUUCAACUCUCCCACCACGCAGGACCUGGUCUACAUCGACCCCAGCCCGGACUACUGCGUGCGCAAUGAGAGCACGGGCUCGCUGGGCACACAGGGCCGCCUGUGCAACAAGACAUCUGAAGGCAUGGACGGCUGUGAACUCAUGUGCUGUGGCCGCGGCUAUGACCAGUUCAAGACGGUGCAGACGGAGCGCUGCCACUGCAAGUUCCACUGGUGCUGCUACGUCAAGUGCAAGAAGUGCACGGAGAUUGUGGACCAGUUCGUGUGCAAAUAGUGGGCGCCCCACUGCCCACCUGUCACCCAGCCCCGUCCCCAGGACCCACUUAUUUAUAGAAAGUACAGUGAUUCUGUUUUUUUUUUUUAAUAUUGUUUUAUUUCCCCCCAAGAACUGCAACCGGAACCAUUUUUUUUCUGUUCCCAUCAAGAACUCUGUGGUUUAUUAUUAAUAUUAUAAUUAUUAUUUGGCAAUAAUGGGGGUGGGAACCAAGAAAAAUAUUUAUUUUGUGGAUCUUUGAAAAGGUAAGACAAGACUUCUUUUGAUGGUAUAGGAUGAGGGGCAAAUAACAUAUACCCUGACUUAGUUGUGUGCACAUCUAGAAGUUAAAUGAAAUACAUUUUCUUUUUCUCAACAGUGGGGUCAUAUGGGACAAGUAACAUCCAGUUGGAAGGGGGUGGUCCAAAUCCAUGCCUCUGUGAUCAAAAUGAUUUGUAAAUGCUCUGGUAAAAGGUCUGGAGAAACAAACAGAAAGAAGAGAACCCACCCCUUCCCCAGGGGCUAUCAGCCUGAAACAUUAUCAAAAUGAUAAUUUAAAAUAUAAGAAUGAGAAUCUUAUAUCCCUGAAAGAAAAAAAGUAUAUCAUGUGUCUCAUGCUUCUCAAACAUUCCAUGUGCAGAUGGUCCUAUUCUAACAGCUCCUGAAACUUGGGGAGCAGGGAGGAAAGCCUCAGAAAUUAAAAAACUUAAAACUCCUAUAUUAAGACAAUGAUUUGAAGCUGUGACAGGAAUUUGGUUGUCAGAUUGGGAAAGCAUCCCCAAAUGACUCUGGGUGGUAGACCUUUUGUUUGGAGAGGGGUGGGGGAGGUUGGCUUGAAUAUAAAAGAAAAUAUACUGUAAUUUUCUUAGGGAUACUUGGUUAAUAAAUGAUAUUAAAAUAAUAAACGGAUUCCAUUCACAGACCCUACGCCCAGACAACAAGGUAAUUGCAUGCAGUUCAGCACCGCACCAGAGCAGAAAACCCAUUUGUGGGAAAAAGUGAAACCUGCCCUCCCACUUGACCCUGAGUUCUGUGUGAGUCCUCCUUGUUGCUGAGGAGGUGAGGCUGGCCACAUUUCCAAAGCGCAGCUCCACUGGGUCCCC